AUGAACAGGUCUGGAACUCUUCUCUUGACCAAAAAGCUACCAGGUGUGGGGAAACUAGUAUCUAGAGGUACAGCUGUUGACAUUAACGCGGGUACGAAAUAUUAUAGCAAAGCAUCUACAAAAAUUUUCCGAUCAAAAUAUAAUGGAAGUUAUUCUAAUUCUAAGAAGGUAAAUUGGUCAUUAGCGCUUGCAACAAUUGCUGCUGCUACUGUCUCUCUGACACUAUCUCCAUGGAACGCUUCACAAAUUUCAAAUGACGCAAAUAUUAACGAUGAAAAACCACUGAUCUCUCCCGACGAAGUUGCCAAACAUCAUACCCCAGCGGAUUGCUGGGUAGUUAUUCAUGAUAAAGUUUAUGACUUAACUUCAUUUAUUCCAAUCCAUCCUGGUGGACCAGAUAUCAUCAAGUCAAACGCAGGUAAGGACGUUACUAACAUUUUUGGUCCCAUUCAUGCCCCAGGCGUCAUUGAAAAAUAUCUACCACCAAGAUGUUACUUGGGACCAUUGGAAAGUCCAAUGCCAUCUCAUCUAGUCUGUGAUCCAUAUACUCCUGGUGAAUCGAAAGCUGAUAUAAUUAGGAAAUUGGAAUUGAGGAAGAAUUUACCACCAUUGAAUUCAUUAGUUAACUUGUACGAUUUUGAAAAAUUAGCCUCAAAGAUUUUGUCAAAUCAAGCUUGGGCUUAUUAUUCAAGUGGUGCUGAAGAUGAAAUCUCAUACAGAGAAAAUCAUUCUGCUUAUCGUAGAAUCUUUUUCAAACCAAGAAUCUUAGUAGAUGUAUCAAAAGUGGAUACUAACACUGAGAUGUUAGGCUCUAAGACCGAUGUACCAUUUUAUGUUUCUGCUACAGCGUUAUGUAAAUUGGGUAACCCAAGAGAAGGUGAAAAAGAUAUUGCAAGAGGUUGUGGUCAAGGUUCUACUAAGGUUCCUCAGAUGAUUUCCACUUUGGCUUCAUGUUCUGUUGAUGAGAUUGUAGAGGCUGCUCCCUCGAAGGAUCAAAUUGAAUGGUAUCAAGUUUAUGUUAAUUCAGAUAGGAAAAUCACCAAGGAUAUGAUUAAACAUGUAGAAAAAUUAGGUAUAAAGGCUUUGUUUGUUACUGUGGACGCCCCAUCUUUAGGUCGUAGAGAAAAGGAUUUGAAAAUCAAAUUUCUUGGCUCUGAUCAAGGUGCUAAAGUUAUGAAGGAAAAUCCAGAGAUUGUCAACCAAGACAAAAAUGAUAAUGAUUCGGAACCAGCGAACGGUGCAUCGAGAGCAUUAUCUAAAUUUAUUGAUCCAUCAUUGACUUGGAAUGAUAUAAUGGAAAUGAGGAAAUGGACAAAAUUACCAAUUGUUAUCAAAGGUGUACAAAGAGUGGAAGAUGUUGUGAAAGCUGCAGAGGUCGGCGUAAAUGGUGUUGUACUUUCAAAUCAUGGUGGUAGACAAUUAGAUUACUCGAGACCCCCCAUUGAAUUAUUAGCAGAAGCUAUGCCAAUCCUAAAGGAAAAACAAUUAGAUGACAAAUUAGAACUAUACGUCGAUGGUGGCAUUCGCCGUGGUACAGAUGUUUUGAAAGCGUUAUGUUUAGGUGCCAAAGGUGUCGGGUUAGGUAGACCAUUCCUAUAUGCUAAUUCAUGUUAUGGUAAGGAUGGUGUCCAGCGGGCCAUUGAAAUGUUAACAGAAGAACUUGAAAUGUCUAUGAGAUUAUUGGGUGUCACAAGUAUCAAAGAUUUGAGCUCCGACUUGCUGGACCUUACAAAUUUGAAGGGAAGAUCGGUAAACGUAUCAAAAGAUUAUUUGUUUGACAAUGUAUAUAGAACCAACACUUUAGCUUCAUUCCAAAACGGUUACGACGACGAUGAUGAUGAUGAUGAUUAA